AAUUAGUACCUGACGAAUAGUUAAAUCGUUGAAUUUAAACGAAAAAUAUGAAAAUUCAAAAUAGCAACAUGCAUCUUGUGAAAAUCUUUAUUCUAGCUUGCAUUGUUUGUUCACUAGGUUCAGCGAAUGAAGAUGAAGUCGAAAAUGAUACAUUGAAAGACUAUAAAACUGUCUAUGAAGGUUUCCACCAGGUGUCUAUUCAUUUAAGUUACAACGACGACUUUUUGUGCGGAGGAGCCAUAGUUUCGCCUAACACUGUUGUUACCGUAGCUCAUUGUUUAUAUUACAGUUGGGGUGGUAUAAUUCCACCCCUUAUAUUGGCGAUAAAAGCUGGAAACUCCGAUUUGAAAUCGCAAAACAUUCAAAGCUACAGUGUUUCCAAAGUAACUUUUCACGAUAAAUUCGAUGCCGUCAGUAUGAAGUACGAUUUAGCUGCGUUACAGGUAUCUACACCAUUUCCUUUGGAGAAUUCUGCUAUAGGCAUAAUUCCUGUAGCUAAGGAUACUUCUAAAUUUUAUAGCAAUUGCUUGGUUUACGGAUGGACAGAGGAUACGAAUACUUUGCAAUAUUUAGACGCAAGAUUAACUGUCUGUACACUUGUUAACGAAGGAAGAAUUUGCGUGGACGCAAGAAAUAGUUCAUAUGUAUUAGGUGGUCUUUGCCAGUACGCGCCUGGUAGUUCGUUAGUCUGUGAUAAUAAAUUGAUUGGAAUUCUUUUUUCUAAACCACUGUGUAAUGGCACCGAGACUACUGUGUUCGAAAAUGCUAGAUAUAUUCUAGAUUUUUCAGACGAAAUUUCUUAUUCAGCAUCUCCAGCGGUCAUUCCUGUUGAAUCUAAUCAGUUUUUAAACUUACUACUAGCACUGUUAUCUUUUGUACUCAAUUUUUUGUUUUGAAACAAUAUUCUAAUGUAUUUUUGAGAGUGAUAAAUACAAAUGUUUGG